CUUCAAGAAAAGUUGAUCUGUUCUGGGCUCAGGUUCAGCUGUGGAAACAUUUCUAUAAAAACGCACUCUUACCAAUCAAAAAUGUUUGAAUCAUAAGAAAAAGAAAAUCUUACUCGCAGCUUGUUGCCUGCUCCGUGGAGGAUGAGGACUCUGGUUUGAACCAACGGAAACAACGAAGAAGAAGAAGAAGAAGAAACCCGCCUCGAUCAAAACACUUAAACGCGUCGGUCCAGCCGCUUCAUCUCCUUUUACUCUUUUGUUUUUAGAGCCAAUUCAUCCACGACCGACUCAAAAUGCAGCAGCAGCCUGAAACCCAGCAAGCAACUCAGCAAACAGCGACAGAAAUACUGGAUCCUGCAGUUCAGUACCUGCGGCGGAGGAAAUCGGCCCUGUGGGUGACUGUGUCUCUGCUGGCUCUGGCUCUGGUGGUGCUGGCUAUAGGGCUGAUCUCCGCCACCCGCACCGACAACGUGCCCGUGGCUGGAUAUUACCCCGGCAUCACCCUGAGUUUUGGAGCGUUUCUGGGUAUCGUUGGCAUCCACUUGGUGGAAAACCGCAGACCCAUGCUCAUGGCAGCCAUCAUAUUCAUCAGUAUCGGAGUCAUCGCGUCUUUCUUCUGUGCCAUCGUGGAUGGGAUCAUCGCCUCAGAGUUCAUUGACAUAAGGCCCUUACAGGAGGACAUGUGUGACUAUUAUGCCAGUGGAUCGGGCUACGUCUACGACAGCUACUAUACUGAGGUCACGUGCCGCUCAUUUGACAAAACAUGCAAGCUGAAACUGAGGAGCAACACCUGCUACUGCUGCUACCUGUACAACUGUGAGAGCACAGAGUACCACACACAGUACUAUGAGUUCACCGGGGUCAACAGCUGCUGGGACGUGAUCCACCUGCACCGCCUGCUUUGGGCCUCAGUGGUGCUCAACGUGAUCGGCUUGUUCCUGGGAAUCAUCGCGGCCGCCAUCCUCGGAGCUUACAAGGACAUGCAGAAGCCGAGUCCCCAGAUGGCUCCCAGCCCCACACCGCCUCCCCACAUCUUGUACAACCCAACCCAGCACAUGCUUACCUACGCUGGCUUCUGUCCCUCAGGACAAACCCUGCCUGCCUACCCCAACUAUCCAAUACCCAUGCAGCAUAACAGCAGCUAUCAGCCACCUGCUACUCCCCAGCUGAUCCCAGAGGGAGGCCCCAUAUCCAACUCCUGCCUGUCUGAGGAGAACCAGCAGCCCUCUCAGGCUCCCACCCAGCCACAGCCUCAGGGAGCCACACAGGAACCAGGGGCCUACAUGCCGACACCCAACGCUCCCGUCCUCUAUGGAUCCUCCUACAGCCCCUUCGAGAAACCUCCACCUUAUGCCUGCUGAGCGCUAACUCAGCCAAACAUAUGGGGCUUGUUGGAGACAAAAUAUUUUGAUCCGGUCAGACUGAAUGUAGCACAAGAGCUUGGGUGAGCUUGCAUAUGAAAACACUCAGUCACUGCUAUGUUUCACGUGGUCACACCGAAGAGAGGCACAGAAUUGUAGUUGUGUAGUGUGAUUAUAUAGACAUGAUUAAGUUAUUUCCUGUGUAUUCAUUAAAGGCGACAAGUUUGGGAAAUAUGCUUAUUCGCUCUCCUGACAAAAGUUAGACUGAUACCGCUCUCAGAUCUAUCGGCAAAUGUGAAGCUACAGCCAGCAGCUGAAUGGAAACAAGGGGAAACAAUUUGCUUUGCUUUGUACAAAGGAGACAAAAUCCAACUUGCAGCGUCUCUGAGGGUCAUUGUCUUAUUAUGUCAAGCUGUACAAAAACAAAGUAUAAAAACUAUGGAUUUGACUCCAGGAAGUUAGUGUUCAUCUCACUCCCAGCAAGAAAGCAAAUAGCCUCAGCAAAUUUCUUAAAGCCUAAAGCUGACCUUCAGACACGUCCAUAUCACAAACUCUAAAUGUAGCAUACUUGACUGUGAUCUGAGAGCGGUUUCUGUUAUAACUUGUGAAUUACAGGAAACUGUUGUCUCACUAUACUAACUGCUGUUAAAGGGCUUUCUUUAAAUGUGAACUGAAGAGUAAAUGACAAUGAUGUAAUGAUGUUGCUGUUUUAUGUUUGUGUGAAUCAUUUAAUAUGCACUUUAAAACAUCAAUAUACUGUAUACAUUAUUGAUGAUGCAUGUUAACUGCUGUGGGAUAGGAUUGUGUAGCUGCUGCUGCUAUAGAAUACUAUGUAGCAAUUAAAGAGACACCUAUAA